AUGAGGAAUGGAAACUUUGCUGGAUACCAAAAAAGCUGCAGCAUCAGGAUUACUUGUACUUCCAGGCUUAUAGGAUUUCUAGACAUCCAGCAGCAGCAUAACACAUAUGCCACUGGAGAGCAGCUCUGUGUUCUCGACCAUGCAACGGCUGUAAUGGGUCUGCCAGACAAACACAGGGAAGCGUCCAGUGAUGCAGGUGUAUCCCCUGAGAAGGCAGCCACGGAUCCCAGCGGUGAAGACAAGAAACUCAACAAAUCCCAGCAACUGAAACAAGUUUUUAAGGAAUAUGGUGCUGUAGGUGUUUCAUUCCAUGUUGGAAUUUCGUUAGUAUCUCUAGGAAUCUUCUACCUGGCUGUGUCAAGUGGUGUGGAUAUGACUGCAGUUCUCUUCAAACUGGGUUUCAGUGAAUCAUCGUUGCAAUCUAAAAUGGCUGCUGGUACAAGCACAUUUGUGUUGGCAUAUGCUAUUCACAAAUUGUUUGCGCCGGUACGAAUCAGCAUUACUAUAGUUUCUGUGCCAUUUAUUGUCCGAUACUGCCGGAAGAUUGGUUUCUUCAAACCUCCUGCCCCAAAUCCAUGA